UUUGCAGACAGGAUGGAAUCUCUGACUUCCUCACCAAAAACAGUAGAUCUGUAUCUGAAGAUAACUCAUAUAGAAUGCCAUCCGCAAUGCAUGGUUAUAAUGUUCCAGGGUCAAAGGAAGGUGGGAUGUGAGCUUGACUAUUACAUACUGCAAAAUGAAAUACAACGUGUAUCCAAAGUAAAAGGUAGUGUUUAUGUCGGCGGAUCUUGUUUAGUUGAAGAUAAAAAAGGAGAAUGGUGUAGAGGAAGAGUUCUGGGAAAAAGAGAAGAUUUCUAUGAGGCUUUUCUUAUAGACACUGGGGAAGUGCUAAAGGUUGAGGAAACUCAUCUUGCUUCUGCUUGUGAUGAAUUGUUUCAGCUGCCUCCGAAGGUGGUUGUGGGUGUUUUUGCAAGCAUCCUUCCUCUUGGAGAAAAAUGGGGCCCAAAAGCUAUGAACUAUUUUUCAUCUCUGGUAGGAUUACAGAUUAGAGGUCACAUGAAAGCUGUUAUGCCAUACCAACUGUUUAUUCUAGAAGUGCCAAAGAUCGUUAGUGAUGUUCUUGAACUGCAGUUAGGAAAAUGUAUUGAUGGAGAUUCGUUCUGUCUUAUUGUAGAAACACUAAGAGCUUUUCCCCAGGAAAUGAUUUUUAAGAGAGUGCCACAAUUGUUGCAACAGAAGUGUUCAGUCAAGGAGUUUCUCACUUUCAGUAAUUCUGGGAAAUUAGCAGACUUUUGGCCAGUUCCAGAUAAUCUCUUUCGACAUCUUCCUGUGGGCAGUAAAGAAAAUGUAAAAAUAACUGCUGCAGUGAGCCCAAAUAAAUUUUACUGUCAGAUACAGAAAUGGCAAAAAGAGCUGGAAGAUUUGACAGGAGCUAUGUGUUUAUACUAUGAAGCUAUCAGUACAGAAAAGAAAUCUUUCGAUAGUUUAGGGCUACUUUGUGCUGCCAAAAGGCAAAAUGGACAAUGGCAUAGAGGAGUGAUAAAACAGGUUCUCUCUGACCAUGUGGAAGUCUGGUUCAUGGAUUUUGGCAAUAUUGAAGCUGUGCCUUCUAGUUGUGUUCAGAGACUUAAAGUAGAGUUCAUGGCAUUACCAAUGAUUUCAUUUCCAUGUGCACUGUCUUGUUUUGGUUGUCAGGACGAAACAGUAAUAAAAAUUCAGCUGAAAAGACUUAUGAAGGCCUUGAUAGCACAAACUCCUAUUUGUGUCCAGGUUGAUUUAUUCAAUGAUGUGAAACGCUUGUAUUAUAUUACACUGCAAAAUCACAAUCUUGAAAUGAAUGCUAAGCAAGUGGAAAAUGUGAAGGAAGCAGCUCCAUCUUGCAUCACGCUUUUUGAAACAAAAAUCACAAGUAUGGCUCUAAACUACAAACCAUGUAAUGAGAGAUGCAGUUCACUUGAGGACUGUACUGGAAAUGACCAUGCCAAAAAGUGCUUGCCUGAAUGGGCCAAGUUUUUGCCAAGCCAUUUCAAAACAGUGGAAAUGCAAGUGAGUACUUCCUGUUAUGCUUUUGUGGUAUAUGUCUUAAAUCCAUCUCGCUUCUGGAUUCAAACAUGUGAAUAUGACAAAGAAUUUCAGGCCUUGAUGAAAGAUAUUGCAGAAGUUUAUGAACAACGUGGAGCUGAAAAACUGGUCCUUAAAAACCCAGAGCCUGGAUUGCUGUGCUGUGCCCAGUACAGCAAAGACAUGCAUUAUUAUCGGGCUGUUGUAAUGGAAGUGCUUGAUGUAAACAUUACUGUUUAUUUUUUUGAUUUUGGAAACAUAGACACUGUACCAUGUUACAAUGUGAAAACACUGCUGCCUGAGUUUUCUGAUUUACCAGCUUUAGCUAUUUCUUGUGCGCUUGCUUGUGCAUUUCCUGUUGAUGGUUUGUGGGCUAAAAAGGACACCGAUUUCUUCAAAUGGAUUGUGUCUAACAAACUACUGCUGCUUCAUGUAAUUGGAAAGGAAAAUGACAGGUGUAUAGUUAAUGUACACUAUAGGGAUGAUUUGCAGCAAAGAAAUGUUGCCAUGUGUAUGGCUCAAGCUGGGCAUGCUGAAUACUGUGAGAAGAUACCAGACUCUGUUCUAAAUUUGGCCAAAAAAAGUAAAAACUGGAAUCUUUGCCAUUUGAGAAAAAAGGUAAAUGCACAGAGUAUCUGUAACAAUUUGAAAAACAAAGUACCUAGAAAAAGAGAAAGAUUUCGGAAGCAAAAAUCAAGUGUGUCUUCGGUGCCAAGAGAAUCUGUCGUGCUGUCUUGCUUUGGAAAAGAUGCUAUUACUAAAAGGUGUAAAUCGGUACGUGAGGAAAAAAUAUUUUAUAAAAGCUUGGUGUUUAAACCAGGAACUAUUUUUGAAGUGGUGUGUUCUUGUGUUGUUUCCCCAAACAAUUUUUUUUGUCAGUUGCAAACCAAACUGCCAGUGCUAGAUAACUUAAUGGAUCAAAUUCAGACUUUUUAUAAAGAGCACAGCUGUCCUUACAAAACUGGGCAGGAUGCCUGUGUUGUUAAGCGUCGUGGAGAUGGGAAGUGGUACAGAGCGACUGUUGUGCAGCAAGUAUCCACAAGUGAAGUCGAUGUGGUUUUUGUAGACUAUGGUUUUCAGGAAAGAGUUUUACUUGAAGAUCUUCAAGCUGUUCAUCCAUAUUUCUUAAUGCUGGAAAGUCAAGCACUUCGAUGUAGACUUAAAAAUCUACCCUUACAGAUUGACUCACGUAAUUGCCCUGAAGAAAUGUGUAAACAUUUUGAAGACUUCAUUUCUGCUUCUAGAGGACCACUGACUUGCAUCAUUUAUGCUCUUAUUCUUGUAAGCCCCAACUCUUUAUGCAAUAUAGUUGACUUAAAGACUCCAUUUACUAGUGCAGGGCAGUUCCUCAGAGAACAAGGUUUCCACCAGUCUGAAGAUACUCAUCAGAGCAAUCUUGCAUCUUUGGGUUCUCUGUACAGUUUUUGCUACUCGUCUUUUAACAUUAAAGUUGGAAGUGAGGAGGAAGUUUACAUAACUCACAUACAAAGUCUGUCAGAGUUCUAUUGUCAGCUUAAUCGAAACACUGAAACGAUAGAGAAAUUGCUGAAGAGGGUUAGUGUUGCAAGUAAAAUGUCAAAUAAUGCAAAAUAUGAUAUCAGCAAGACACGAAUUUGUAUAGCCAGAUAUUUUGAAGAUGGCAACUUUUAUAGAGCUUUGGCUUCUCCUGUAGAAUCGACAUCAUGUCUACUUGCUGACUUUGUGGAUUAUGGAAAUGAGAAUAUCGUAGAGAGGGACCAGUUCUUGCCUAUUCCAGACUUUGCUACUGAUCUAUUAUUCACACCCAUGCAAGCUAUUAAAUGCCGCCUGUCAGAUCUUAGGGAGACAACAAUUCCAACAAAAGUUACUAGAUGGUUUAAGGAAGCAUUUCUUGGUAAACUGUUGAAGGCUGUAAUUGUAUCCAGAGAAUCAGAUGGACGAAUUGUUGUGGAGUUGUAUGAUGGACAGCUCCAAGUAAAUCGGAUAAUAAAAGAAAAAAUACGGGAAGAAUUGGCAGUGAAAAAUUGUAUGCAACAAUGUGUUGAUGGUAACAAGCGAGUGAUACAUCCCAUGAAAGAUGCCAAAAUGAUUAGUCAAGUAACUAUUAAAAGUCCUGAAAGAAUAAGUUUGAAAACUGAAGUGAAAUGCAAAGUAUCUAAGUGUUAUCAAACAGAUAAGGGACAGAAUUUUGGUGAUGAAGAGCAAACAGCAUGUGGCACACAAAAGUUGUGCAGGGAGUCCUCAAAACUGCUAACUUUAGAGGACAGUGAAGAAUCAGGUUUUAGAAGUACUGUCAGUGUUGUUCUGGAGAACAAGGAGGAACCUUUAGUUGGAGAGCCUGCUUCUCAUUCACUCUCUCAUCCUGCUUUAAAUUCAGAUGAAAUAAAUGUAAAUCCUCACUGUGAAUCUCAUAGUGAAAUACUAAGUUGUAUAGGCCAGGAGGAAAGUAGUAAUGAAAAUAUACCUAAAUCAGUCAGUCUUCCUCAAUGUGAUAUUCGGGUGAAUUCUGAAGUAGCAGGGUACAUUUCUCACAUAAAUAGUCCAUCACGUUUCUAUGUUCAUCUUACAGAGGAUCAAAACUUCUUAAAGCAACUAGCAAAAAAAUUAAAUGAAAGAAUGGUGAGCGCAGAGCCUGAUAAUUGCUUAGAUGAACUCAUGGUAGGGGAUCUUGUUGCUGCAGAGCGUGAUGCUGAUAGCUUUUACUGUAGAGUUGUUGUCAAAACUCUGAGACUGGGAAACUACUUUGAAGUAGAGUUCAUUGACUAUGGUAGUGCAGUAGUUAUAAGUCCUUCUAAAGUCUGGAGGAUUCUGAAAAAGUUCUUAACUUUGCUGAGGCUCAGCCUUCAUUGUUUUCUUAGGAGAACAAAAAGCAUUCCUGAUGGAAGCUGGGCUUCCUGUUUUGCAAGCAAAAUAAAUACCAAGCCAAUUGCUUGCAAGUUCUUACAGCAGCAUGGAGAGCAAUGGGAAGUAGAUGUAAUUUGUAGCGAGGAGUCAAUGUGUAAAACUUUGGCAGAAAAGACAAGACUGGGGCAAAACACACCAAUGCAUAAUAAGGAUAACAGGCCAAACCAAGACAGAAAGUGUGGGAAUAGUUUUUGUGGUCAAAGUAAAACUAAGCCUCUUAGGAUGAAAAAUGCUUCCCAAACACCUUUAAAUAUCUUUCCUAAAGAUCUAAAUUCUGGACAGGUUGAAGGGGCAGAAGUAGUAAUAGAAAAGGGAGAUUUUGUUCUACAAUUACUUAGAAGUAUGCAAAUAGUACCUGAGUUAAAUGUAAUGCUUGUCAAAGAAGCACAAAAAUUAUUUGCUUAAAGUGAAUUAAAUUAGUGAAGUAACAAGUCAGUCUGUUGUAGUUAUAUUGACUACAGUUUUCUGAAAAGCAUCCUUUAUUUUAAUAGCCAUGAAGUCGAAAUUAUUCCAGAAAGUCAGUCUUACGUACCAUGCUUGGCACAGUCUUGUUUUUUAUAUGAUCUAGUUCAUGCCAAGGUGGGGUACUGGAGUGAUGAAGCUAAACUUCUGUUUCAGAACUUCCUUAGUAAACUGGGUCUGAUAUUUCAUUUUAACACAAUGGCUUUGAAAUUAGAGGUGGAUAUUCUGAGUAAGGAGACCAGUGUAGCUUAUGCCUUAAUUCCUGCUGGUCAUGCAACCUACUCUAGAAUUAGGAUCUGCCUCAUUCCAGUAGACAGAAUUAAAUUGGAACAAAAACAUAUUUGCAGCCUUAGUGUCCAGAUUCUAUACUAUGUGUUGCUUUGUAAACCAAGUUAUAAUUACGAUGAAAAUUCUGCUGACAGAAAUAAAGCAAGGAAAUGA